GCAGCGUCGCUGCUACUUCCACUGUAGUUACAUUCUGCUGCAUUUGUUUUAUCUUAACGUGAAAUCACUGAAUUUCUACAAGGAGAUGCGGUUAAAUGCGACGGGCGGGCGCAAACGAGUGUUUCUGUUGACUACGUUGAAAAUUGACGGCAACUCCUGGAGCUAACUCGCGGAGUACGGGCGGGGGCACCGAGCCUACAGUCCAAACAUUUGCCAGCACUUUGUUUUAAGAGUUUAGUUUCACGAUUAAGUUGUCAAAAUGGAGACACACGAAGGAGCAGCGGCAGCAACAGGCGGCAGCGUCCUCGACUUUUCCCGGCUCAGUCUGAACACUUUCAGCGCUGUCAGUGUCAGCGACGAGAGGAAAAGAGACACCAGGCAGCUAUACUUGAACUACAACCGGCUAGCUUCGCUGCCCUCGUCGGUCAGCGUGUUCUGCAACCUGGAGCUGCUGGACAUCAGCAACAACGGACUGUCGUCCAUCUGCGAGGGCAUCACGCGGCUGAGCAGGCUGAAGACACUCAUAGCCAAGAACAACCGCCUGGACGAGUUCUCCCUGCCCAAGCAUUUCGGCUCCCUGCAGCUGGAGGUGCUGAACUUCAGCGGGAACAGAUUUGAGGAGAUCCCGCUGCAGUGUACCAAGCUGCUGCGGCUGCAGUCGCUGUCACUGGGCGGAAACAGACUGAAAAGUAUACCAGCGGAGAUAGAAAACCUGACCUGUCUCGAGCUGCUGUAUCUGGGCGGAAACCUCAUCACAGCCAUCCCUCCUGAAGUGGCUAACCUGCCCUACCUCAGCUAUCUGGUCCUGUGUGACAACCGCAUUCAAGGUGUGCCACCAGAGCUCACCAGGCUGCACUCGCUGCGAUCUUUAAGUCUUCACAACAACCUGCUUACUUACCUGCCAAGGGAAAUCCUUAGUCUGGUGCACCUGCAGGAGCUCAGCCUCCGAGGAAAUCCACUGGUGGUGCGCUUUGUCAAGGAGAUGACUUACGACCCCCCCUCUCUGCUAGAAUUGGCAGGGCGUACAGUCAAGAGUCGUAAUAUUCCCUAUUAUCCCUGUGACCUGCCUUCAAAUUUGCUGCGAUACCUGGACUUGGCCAGCAAGUGUCCCAACCCCAAGUGUGCCGGCGUCUACUUUGACUCAUGUGUCCGCCAAAUCAAAUUUGUGGACUUCUGUGGAAAGUAUCGGCUGCCUCUCAUGCACUACCUGUGCUCCCCAGAGUGCACCUCUCCCUGCAGCUCCAACCCCCAGAGUGACGCCGACUCGGAGGAUGAGAACAGCGUGCCCGUUGAUCGCCUGCAGAGGGUGCUUUUGGGAUAGAAUGACAUAACAUUCUUAUCCCUGAUUGUAGACAGUGAAAUCAGAAAGUAUUCUCACCCCUUUUAAAUGUGCAAUAUGUAAAGUUGUGCAUUCACAAUGUAUCAGGAAACACAAAUUGCAUACAUAAACAAAUAGUAGAGUACUAAUACUGAGUGUGACAUUACACAGUCGGUCCAGCUAUUGCAUUAGAGUACUGCAGGAAACUUCAGACCCUGUAUAUAGAUAUGCUGCGUUUAAAUGCUGUUUGCUGUGUUAAUGAGAGGAGCCCAUUUAAACACUCCCCCCACCCGCCCGCCAUUUUCACGACCCAUUAAGUAGGUUUUCUUAAAACGUCAGGGUUCAGGAUGUCCUGUUUAAUACAAUUUCAUGUGUCGCACUCAAAUGCAGCAUUCAGACACAGUCGGUUGAAUCAUCCAACUGUAGACGACUCUUUGAAUUUACUUCCAAAGAAAGCUAAGAAGGCUGCAAACCAAGAGAGAGAGCAUUUCAGACAUAUGUGAUACAUAUUAUGUUGUGUGUCUUUUACUGGCUUAUAGCUUCACUUUUGCUUUGGUCUGAUGUGUGCUCAACUGCGACCUCUAGUGUCUCUCUAGUAUUGCAUGAUAACCUUUUCAUUCUUCAUUAUCUUGCUACCUGGGGCCGUUUUUUUUGUUUUUUUUCCAAUCCAAAAUCAAUGUCCCAUGAAAGCAGAAAUUGGGUUGUGUUUAGGGUAACAUAUUUCCUUGUCCCAUGUUGUAGUGUAACAUCGUGGAUGUUGUCUCACCACUAAAGUCUCUGGUACAGAGUUGUAACAGCUUUAUGGAUGAAAAGGUCCCGGUUGUUCCAAUUGUCUUCCUUUUAAGGAUUCGAGACACUGCUUUUACUCUUGAGAACUUUCAAUGAAGCAGAAUUUCCUGUGUUUUUUGACACAAUCCUCAAGGCAUGUUUUUUUUUUUUGUUUUUUUUGCUCUGAUAUGCAUUAUCAGCUGUCCAAUUUAAAACAGAUGGACUCCAGACAAGGAGUAGAAACCCCAACUAUGAUAAUCAGAAACUUUCAUAAGGCUGCAACAUAACAAAAACAUGUGGCUGAAAGCAAGGGGUCUGAAUUCUUUCUGAAUGUACUGACAUAGUUAUACAUAUAGCCUCUUAAACUCACAGUUGGUGAGCAAGGGAUCCCUACUAUUAGUGCUCAGACGAAAGACGGUUGUGAUUUGUUUACGCACAUCACUACACCUAACAUAAGUGAAAGACUAUCUUCUCUUCUGUCUGUGCAAGUCCAUUCCACACUCAUGACUCUGUCAAAGUGUUGGUCUCAUGCUGGAGCAUAGGAGGGCAUUUAACUCUUAUUUGGACUGUGAACUCCCCACACUUUAUCUUAAAUGCUACAUUUUUGUAACCUUUAAGCACAUAUUAAGUCUGUUUUAUCUUUUAAGUUUGGAUAUGAACAGUGUUAUAUUUUUGUCCAACUACUGAAAACGCACAGCAGGCUUUGAUUUGUAGUUCUUUGAUCAAGUCGACAUCAAAGCUGCUGCUAAAAAAAAGACUGGGAUUUAUGUCAACAGAAACAGUAACUCUUCUUACACUUCAGUACUGUGAGGUAACCUUGUGUGUGUGUGUGUGUGUGUGUGUGGUGCUAUUAAGCUGUCCCGCACAAUAUUGAAACAUCAAGGUUCAUCAGGACACCAACCUUGAUUUUUUUUUUUCUUUUUUCCCGCUUAUUCUCCUCUUAUUAUUUUUUUCUUUUUUUUCUUUUUGUUUGAUAAAUUAACCCUGAUCAGGGGUUAUGUGUGCAUGUGGAAGAAUGCUUGUCCAGGCUUACUCACAGGAAAUGGAUGUGGGGUGGACCAGGGAAACUAUUCACCGUGUUCGCACAGAAACAAUAGCUAUUCAGCAAAAACACAGUGGCAGCCUUCAUGUUUGUGUUCAGGGCUGCAGCUUUUCUCCGGACAUAGACACACGCUCUACAUGUGAGUGAAUGAAGCCUACAGUCAGUCAGAAGAAGUAUUUUUUUGAGGCAGAAACUCGUCUUGUUUUCUAAACGGCGAUGGCGUUUCUGUGCGUGGUUACAUCACUGCUUUGUCCAUUGGGUUGUUUUUUUGGAGCAACCUCCAUUACUGAGGAGGGGAAGGAACACUCCUCAAUGUUACAGUAGUAUUGAUACAUGAGCAUCAAAGUGCCUUACUAAUGAUGAUAGCUUACACAGAGAAAUGAAGAAAUGUGAUUAUAUAUAUAUAUGCACCCUGAAAUGUGACAUCAUUAAUAUUCUGCUUUAUAAAGUCCUUUUGUAAGUGAUUGUGUACUCACAAGGAUAACAGACUAAAGAGAGAGAAAAAAGUAAUGUUUUAUAACAAAAUGAACUUUUAUACAAAUCCCUUUUCUAAUGUAUUUAAAUGUCCUGCAGAGUAGUUGGCACUUGACAGAUGUACCUUUCUGAUCAUGUAUGUAGACUGUACAGUAUAUGUAACAUUAAUAAAGUCUAAUUGUAACAACUUAAAA